GAAUAUGUUAUGAUAUUAGAUUCCCGGAGAUGGCCAUGAUCGCCGCUCGAAAAGGUUGUAUUGCAAUGGUUUACCCAGGUGCUUUUAACCUUACCACUGGACCUUUGCACUGGGAGCUUCUUCAAAGAGCUAGAGCCGUAGAUAAUCAAUUUUACGUGGCUACAUGUUCUCCUGCUCGAGACACAGAAGCAUCUUAUAUUGCAUGGGGAUAUUCCACUAUUGUGGAUCCAAAUGGUCAGAUUAUCGCGACGACGGAACAUAAAGAGGAUAUUAUUUACGCUGACAUAGAUCUAGAAUAUUUGAAAACAGUUCGACAAUCUAUUCCGAUAUACAACCAAAGACGAUUUGAUUUAUAUCCUAAUGUCGCAGAAAAUUCCAAUAAAUAG